CCCGCGAGUGCCGCCAUGGCGGUGUGGUGCGGCGCGCGCAUCCUGCCGCUAGAGCGCCGCGUCUACUCCAUCACGCUCGUGAUAGACCCGAACACAGCGUUCCUGCGAGCGGCGCGCGCCGGACAACUCGAAACCGUCGUUGAUCUCCUCGAGUCAGGGGCGGUCAAAGACAUCAACACUAGCAAUUCGAAUGGCCUGAAUGCGCUACACUUGGCAGCUAAAGAUGGCCACAUUGCAGUGGUCGAGGAGCUCCUCAAACGUGGUGCCAUCGUGGACGCAGCUACAAAGAAAGGCAACACAGCCCUACACAUAGCAUGCCUAGCGGGCCAGGAGCCGGUGGCGCGGGCGCUGCUCGGCGCAGGCGCCAAGGCAGAUGCUCAGUCUGCUGCUGGCUUCACUCCACUAUACAUGGCAGCGCAGGAGAACCAUGCUGGUUGUGUGAAGAUGCUGUUAGCUGCGGGUGCUAGUCAGACACUAGCCACUGAGGAUGGCUUCACCCCCUUAGCUGUGGCCAUGCAGCAGGGGCACGACCGCGUGGUCGCCGAGUUACUAGAAUCUGACACGAGGGGCAAAGUGCGCUUGCCUGCCCUGCAUAUUGCUGCUAAGAAGAACGACGUCAAAGCUGCCACAUUAUUGCUAGAAAACGAACACAACCCCGACGCCUGUUCCAAGUCCGGAUUCACACCGCUACACAUAGCCGCCCACUACGGGAACGUCGGUGUGGCCAAAGCUUUACUCGCCGCCGGUGCCGACUCGGGCAGAGCAGCGAAACAUAAUAUCACACCACUGCAUGUUGCUAGCAAGUGGGGACAGCUGGCUAUGGUCGAUUUACUGGUAGAAAAUGGUGCAAACAUUGCCGCUGUUACGAGAGACGGCCUCACCCCGCUGCACUGCGCUGCGCGCUCCGGACACAGCAACGUCGUGUCGCGGCUGUUACAACACGGUGCCCCCAUCACGAGCAAAACGAAGAACGGGCUAACGCCUCUCCACAUGUCCGUCCAAGGCGAACACGUAGAGACGGCGAAAGUCCUCCUCACCGAGGGUGCCCCUAUCGAUGACGUCACCGUAGACUACCUAACAGCUUUACACGUUGCUGCGCACUGUGGACACGUCAAAGUAGCCAAGCUGCUUCUCGACAGGAACGCAGACGCCAACGCUAGAGCUCUGAACGGUUUCACUCCUUUACACAUCGCCUGCAAGAAGAAUAGGCUCAAGGUCGUUGAGCUGCUGCUCAAAUAUGGUGCCAGUAAAUCAGCGACCACAGAAUCCGGCCUGACGCCCCUCCACGUGGCGUCGUUCAUGGGCUGCAUGAACAUCGCCCUGGUGCUGGUGGGCGCGGGCGCGGAGGCGGACGCGGGCACGGCGCGCGGGGAGACGCCGCUGCACCUGGCCGCCCGGGCGCACCAGACCGACCUGGUGCGGGUGCUGCUGCGGAACAACGCUAAGGUGGAAGCCCGAGCACGAGAAGGGCAGACCCCUCUCCACGUAGCAGCACGUCUUGGCCACGGCGAUAUCGCUGCGUUGCUGUUACAACAUGGCGCCGAUGUUGCUGCAGCUACCAAGGACCAUUACACGCCGCUACACAUCGCAGCUAAAGAAGGCAAAGAAGAAGUAGCCUCCAUCCUACUCGACAACAACACGCCAAUCGAAGCCGAGACCCGCAAAGGUUUCACACCCCUGCACCUCGCGGCCAAAUAUGGCGACAUCGGAGUAGCCCGGCUCCUACUCGCCAGGGGCGCGCAACCGGACGCGCCAGGGAAAAGCCACAUCACACCUCUACACAUGGCUACUUAUUACGGACAUCCAGAUAUCGCGUUGCUUCUCUUGGAUAAAGGUGCCUCGCCGCACUCGCUCGCCAAGAACGGACAUUCAGCGCUGCAUAUUGCCUGUCGGCACAACCAUCCUGACAUCGCGUUCGCGCUGCUUGAACACGACGCGGACCCGGGCGUGAAGUCUAAGGCCGGGUUCACACCGCUGCACAUGGCGGCCCAAGAAGGGCAUGAGGACUGCGUUGAGAUGCUGAUCGAGAGGGGGGCUGAUGUCAACGUGCCGGCCAACAAUGGCCUAACUCCAGUGCACCUGGCCGCCUCCGAAGGCCGCACCGCCGUCCUGAAGGCGCUGCUGGGCGCCGGCGGGCAGUGCGGCGCGCGCACCCGCGACGGCUACACGCCGCUGCACGCCGCCGCGCACCACGGCCACCACGCGGCCGCCAGGGCGCUAGUGGAGGCGGGCGCCGAUGUCACAGCGAGGGCUCAACAUGGGUUCACGCCCCUGCACCAAGCGUCGCAGCAAGGCCACACGCUCAUCAUUCAGCUACUGCUCAAGAGUAACGCUGAUCCGAACGCACUCUCCGCUAACGGGCAGACGGCGUGUGCCAUCGCUGAUCGUCUUGGCUACAUCAGCGCUGUGGAAGCCCUGCGUCCUGUCACCGAGAAUACUCUUAGCCAAGCCGUCGGUGACACUGGUGGUUUGGAGGGCAAAUACCGAGUGGCUGCGCCAGAACUCAUGCAGGACACCUUCAUGAGCGAUUCCGAGGACGAAGGAGGAGAAGUCGAGUGCCCAAUUCAGCAGCAGCAGCAAUACCGCUACAUGAACAGCGAAGCCGGCACCCUGCACCGGGCGCGGCCCCUCGAGGACUCCGUCACGGACGGCCACCUCUACCCCAGCAACAAUGACAAGAAGGUGGCCACCAUCGACCGGCAGCCGCUCGACAUCGGAUUCCUGGUGUCGUUCGUGGUGGACGCGCGUGGCGGGGCCAUGAAAGCCAAGCGGCGCGGCGGCGUGCGCAUCGUCGUCCCGCCCGCCGCCUGUGCGGCCCCCACCCGAGUUACAUGCCGAGCGGCGACGCGCCGCGCGCCGGCCGCGGCGCCGCCGCCGCUGAUGGAGGGCGAGGCGCUGGCGUCGCGCGCGCUGGAGCUGCAGCCGCAGGGCGCCAAGUUCCUGGCGCCCGUAAUAAUCGAGGUGCCUAUCUUCACAUCGUCGUGCAAAGAGCGAGAGAUCGUAAUCCUACGAUCAGACACCGGCGACACGUGGCAGGACCACUAUCUGCACAAUAAUGACAACCCUAUGAUACAGGAAGCGUUACAUCGCGAACGACUUGAACACGGCACUUCUGGCGAAACACUGGGCGAAAAUGGCGAACGAGUGACCAGAAUUAUCACCUGCGACUUCCCGCAUUACUUGGCUGUCGUUUCCCGCGUUCGACAAGAGGUUCACAUCAUCGGGCCAGAGGGCGGCACUGUGUCCAGCUCUCAUAUACCACAGGUCCAAGCGCUAUUCCCACCGCAAGCGCUCACAAAACGCAUCCGCGUCGGCGUGCAAGCGCACGGCGCACCAGCCGCUCUGUGCAAGCGAGCGCUACCGCGACACGUCGCAGUGGCUCCGGUUAUUACUGUGGAACCGAGACGGAGGAAGUUCCAUCGCUCCAUCACGCUCACAUCACCGCUGCCCAAGACCGAGAAUGGACCCCAUGACAAGCAAUCCACGUCAACCCUGCGACUGCUGUGUUCCAUCAUGGGCGGACAGGCGCGCGCUGUAUGGGAGGACGUCACUGGUUCCACGCCAUUGACGGUUACUGAUGAUUGCGGAUCGUUCACUACCACCGUCUCGGCCAGAUUCUGGUUGAUGAAUUGUCAAAACGUCAGCGAUGCCACCAAAUUAGCGACUGAACUUUACAAGGAGAUGUUGUUGGUGCCAUUCGAGGUCCGUAUCGUGGUGCUGGGCAAGAGGCUGGACGCGCUGGAAGGCAGGCUGCUGGUGCUGUACAUCACCGAUAGAUACGCGUACGAGACUCUGUUGCAGCAGGAGCACUACACGGAGGUGGCGCACUCCACGUCAGUCAAGUUCCUGGACAGCAAGGAGGUGUACCUGGAGUUCAGCGGGAACCUGGUGCCGGUCACCAAGUCCGGCUCGCAGCCCAUGUUCAAGUUCGAGGCGUUCAAGGACAACCGCGUGGAGUUCCCGGUGCGAGUAAAGCAUCACGAGGAGAGCCCCUCCGGACGUAUUUACUUCAUGAACGAACCUAAGGUGCCGAAGGGCGAGCAGUCUCAGACGCCGGCGUGCGUGCUGGACGUGGAGCUGCCCGAGAGGAUCGCGCCGCGCGCCGGCAAGAGCCAGGUCGACUGCCUCAACCUCGACCAGUCCGGUUUCGACGCGCUCAAGGACGAACUGAGCUUCCACAGCUGGGACCACCACCAUCACCACGGGCCCAUCGCGCCGCCACCGCCGCCGCCUCUCAACGGACACACGGACGACGACUUGAUUAUUACGAACGGCGACGUGAAAUAUCCUACUAGGGACUCCGAAGAUGCAGUCAUCAGACCACAACCCAACGGUGACACCAAUCACGUCGACUCAAACAAAGUCAAAGCCACAUUCGAUUCCGAUGAGGACAAAACUCCCAUGAACACCCUCGAGAAAGGCGACAAGGAGAAGGGAAAGAAGAAGGAGGGCUUCCUCGGGGGCCUCGCCGACAAGGUUAAACACGUCUUCAGCCACAGCCAGGACGAGGACGACAAAGACUCCCCCAAACCCAAACCCAGAGAGUCCAAAGAAAAGAGCCCACCGAAACAAAAGAAAGACAAGAACUCACCAAAACGAGAAGACAAAGAAAAGAGCCCGCCUAAACAACAGAAAGAAAAAACUCCUAAACCCGAAGAAAAAGAAAAGACCCCACCCAAACCUGCCCCUAGAAUCAUUAGCGAAGACUUACUCGAAAAAGUCGAUGAUAUAUUCAAGGAUCUCAAAACGAAACCGCAUCAAAAGGACAAAGAAGAAGAUCUCAACAGUGAAGUGUACACAACUCGCCUAGUUGUUGAUGAAGAUAGACCAGCAAACUUGCAGAAUAUUACUGAAGAAGUGUAUGAGCAAUACGCUAAUAUGCAGCCGGUAGAAACGCCCAUGCGAGUUCCCAAGAUAGAUCCCUUCGCGUACCCUACAGUGUGCUGCGAUGGCCCCAAGGGACCCAAACAUAGUCACGAAGAAACCUCUACCUUACUCGACCAAAUUGAGCAAGCUAAAUUCGCCGCGCAUGAAAAGUUACAUGACGUUGGUGACAAAGUACAAAGCAAUGUGGAUGAAGGUGUUGCUAAGGUGGGACAACAAAAAGAUAAGUUGCAGCGCCAAGCCUCAGAAUUAAAAGACGAUCUAAUCAUCAAAGAAGAAAACUUUAUAAAGAGUGCUAAAGAUCACGCUAAUGACGCCAAACAAGCAACCGAAGACAGUAUUAACAAGCUCGAGGAAUCCGCGCAUAAAGCUCACGACGACAUUAACGCUAAGGCUACAGAUAUCCAAUCGAAUGUUGCCGACGAAUUUGACAACUUUAAUUCCUCAGCAAACAACGCCUAUGAGAAUGUCGCUUUUGCUGUAGGAGAUACUAAAAAUAAUUUGAUUAACAAAGCUCAUACAUUGGAUUUCCUUGCGCAAGAACAAGCGGAAGAGCUAAAGAACAGAGGACAUGAGCAGAUGUCGCAAAUGGGACAAAAGGCGAAAGAAGGCGCUAAUGCUGUCAGCGACACCUUCCACGCAGUACAAGAUAAUGUUAACCACAAAGCCCAGGAUCUAAAAGCAGGUGCUAAAGAAACCGCCGAUAAUAUAAAAGAUAAAACGAACGAAAAAUUACACGACCUUGGUGAAUCGAUAGACAGUGCUAAAGAGAAAGCCGAAGAGACCGCUGCUGAUCUUAAGUCUAAAGCGGGAAAAGAAAAAGACAAAGCGAAGAAAGAGGCUAAGAAAGCCAAGAAAGAAGGCAAGAACUUUAUUUCUGGCCUAGUAAGCAACAUUUUCGGUGAGAAAGAAAAGAUCGAAAAGGAAGUGAAAGGAAAAGUUGCCGAAGGAAAAGAUGCAGCUAACAACCUGUUAGAUGAAGCGUCGGCUAAAAAAGACGAAAUCAAGGAAGCCGUUGAACAUAAACAUGAGGAACUAAAAGAUGGUGCUAAUCGCUUAGCUGAAAACGUAAACGACAAAGCUAAGGAAGCUGAAAAGGCGUUACACGAUAAAAAAGAUGAGUUACAGAAAGCGGCACAUGACAAAAAGGAACAAGUUAAACAAGCGGCCCAAGAAGUCGGCGAUGCUUUACACAAUAAAACUCAAGAGGUCAGUCAGGCCAUCCACCACAAGAAAGAAGAGGUCGGUAAGGCUGUAAGUGACAAAAAACAAGAAAUCGCUAACGCUGUCCACGAUACUACAGAACAGGUCGGCAAAGCUAUUAGUGAUAAAAAGGAAGAAGUCGGGCAGACUAUUCAUGACAAAAAGGAAGCUAUUCAGGACAAGGCACAAGAGAUUGGCAAAGCUAUUAACGAUAAAACGCAGGAGGUUUCUAGUGCAGUUAAAGACAAGGCUAACGAAGUAAGCACGGCAAUUCACGAUAAGAAGGAUGCGGCAGCACACGCGGCUCACGAAUUCGGUCAAGCUGUUCAAGACAAAACGCAAGAAGUUUCCAACGCUGUUCAUGAUAAGGCUCACGAAGUUGGCUCAGCCAUCCAUGAUAAGAAGGAUCAGGUUUCACACGCUGCCCACGAAUUCGGUGAAGCUGUUCACGACAAAACACAAGACGUCUCGAAUGCUGUUCAUGAUAAAGCUCACGAAGUUGGCUCAGCGAUCCAUGAUAAGAAGGAUCAGGUUUCACACGCUGCCCACGAAUUCGGCCAGGCUGUUCAUGACAAAACGCAAGACGUUUCGAAUGCUGUUCAUGAUAAGGCGCACGAAGUUGGCUCAGCGAUCCAUGAUAAGAAGGAACAAGUUUCACAUGCUGCUCACGAAUUCGGUGAAGCUGUUCAUGGCAAAACGCAAGAAGUUUCGAAUGCUGUUCAUGAUAAGGCACACGAAGUUGGCUCAGCCAUUCACGACAAAGCAUCAGAACUAGGAAACGCGGUGCACGACAAAAAGGAAUCUGUAGAAAACGCUAUCCACGACAAGAAAGCACAAGUACAAAAUGUUGCAGAAUCAGAAAUGGGUAGAAUAAGACAAACCGCCGAACAAACUACUGAACAAAUCAAGAAAUCAGCCGAAGAUACAAUCAACGCUGCUGCUGACAAAAAAGCAGAAUUACAAUCGAACCUGUCAAAUAAAUUCGACGACCUACAAAAGCAAGGGCACGAUGAUUUACAACACAUCCGAAACGCCACAAGCGAUAAGGUUGGCGAUCUACAGCAGGCGUCUAAAAACGCGUUCGACCACGUUCAAGACUCGGCCUUAAGUACUUUCGAUAGAGUCGAAAGUUCAGCUAAGGACAAAGUGAGCGACGCGAGAGACCAAUGGGAAGAUUUGCAGAGUUCCACCAGAGAUACUUAUGCUGAUUUCAGAGAUGACGUUCACGGUUUAGAAAGUUCCGCGCAAGACACGCUACACAGCUUCCAAAGUUCCGCUGGAAACACGUUUGAUAGCUUAGAUGAUUCGGCAAAGGAAUUCUUGGGUGGUGUUCAGAGCUCGACGCAAAGUUUCGAGAAUAAUUCUAAAGAGCUCUUUGGUGAUAUGAAGGAGUCUUUUGAGGGCUUCCAAGUCUCGGCUGAAAAUCAAUUGGAGGAUGUGAAAGGGGCUGCUAAACAGAGGUUGGAGGACAGUAAGGGUGCGGCGGCGGAGAGGCUAGAGGAUGUUAGCGAGAGACUCGAGGGGGUGAGGGAGGGGGCGAAGGAGGGAGGACAGGCGGUGGGGGACGCGGUGGCCAACGAGGCGGACAAAUUCACGAGCAGUCUUAACGAUUUGGGCAACUCCGUGUUUGGAUCUUCGGGCAAAGGUUUCAUGAAGGAUUCCAGCACAAAAUUAUUAGAAUCGGAGAAAGCGCAGUCCUCGCCCUCACCACACAAAAAGGGCUCAGGGAUACCGAAGCUAAAGAAAAAGGGGCGCAAGUAACUGCGGCGACGAACGAUUUUUUUCUCCAAGCUACGGCGCAGUCCGUGAAGGCGACCAAUAGCAUCACUCCGCGGUUUUGAAACGAAAAGCGAUUGGCGGAUGGAUAGAAUGUAUGCUUUAAGUACGUUUUUAUUAGAUAGGGGUAUACUGCUUUAGACGUGUUGGCCCUUCCUGUAAGCUUCUUUAGAUCUAAGGAGACGUAAAAAAUAAUAUGUAUUUCACUAACAAUUUCUAUAAAAUUAGUGAUAAUAAUAUUAUGUUCAGCCAUUGUUAUUGAUUCAAUAAGAGCGAAAAUAAAAUGCAAACAUUGUUCGCGGUGGUAUGGUUACUUGUUAGAAUAUUGUAUCAAUACAGUUUUACAGCUAUCGUGAUAGGUGAUAGUUUCCCAAAUGGUUUUGUAACAUUUUAAUUAAAUAGCGACUUGAAAAGUUACCUACAAAAAUGUUACAAAUUAAUUUGGACGGUUUAUCGUUGAAGUGUUCAAAAAUGUAACCUGCCAUUGGUUUUUAAAUAAGUUUGAAGUUUUAUAGCGUUGAAUUUUAUAGGGUAGAUAUGGUUUAAGCAGAAUCGAAUACCUUGCCUUAAUCGUCAAUAGCAGGAAGUGAUAAGAUCAAUACACACCAGAUACGUAAAGCAGCAGGACUCUUUAUAAUGUAAUUUGUAUCACAUUAUUUGUAUUUUGUGACUUUAACAUAAUGCGUCGAACAUGCAACGCAAAUCAUACCAUACAAUAUAUAUAUAUCGCGUAUCUACGCAGGGACAAGAGCCGUGUUAUGUAUUAGAUGUGUAUGGGCCUUAAAUUAAAAGAAUCGUUGCGGUGUCGUGUAAAACUACAAAAAAAACUUCACAGAAUACACACAGCAAAUGGUUCAAUUUCUCGCAACUUUUAUACUUUAAUAAGACUACCAGUUGCCUUUACUCCCUCGACAAUAGCAAUUAAUUUCCCGCCUAUAAGAUUUUAAAUUGGUGUCUUAAUGUUUUGUUGUAUUGUGGAUAUGUGUUAAGUGCACACAAGUGUGCGGUGUGUCACAAGAAUGUUAUUUGUUCAUAUGGGUGCUUGGACGGAGGCCACAACUAAAGUUAUCUUUAAAUAAAUAUAAUCUUACUGUGGGACAAUGCAAGUAUACUAUUGUAAUGAAAGAGACUUGUAAAGGUUUUUAUAAAAAACCACACGUAAAUCACACAUAAAUGUGAUCUCUUUGAAGACUCAUAGCGAGCUCACUAGGUGGCUUUAUUAUAUUCGUAUAUCACAAAGCAUAAUAAAAAUAUGAGGUUUUCAAUUAAACUUAUUGUGUGGUAGAUCGAUGAAGAUUGUUAACUGCAUUCUUAUUGUAGAAACGCACAUUUGAAAGCUAAGAAUAAGUUGAUGAUUGCUUGAAAAUGUCCCUUAAGUAUAUUAGUUAUAUUGGACUAAUUGUCUAAUAUCUCGCUAAGUAACGCCAUCUACAAUCAUUAUUAGGAAUGCAAAUUGGUAUGAAGAUUUUCAGUUUUGUUAGUACAUCUCGCUACAAAUGCAUUUUACUUAAUUUACCAGGCUGACAUUUCAAAAAUGACAAUCAAAUGUCAGUCUUACUCAUCGAAAAUAGAACACAUGUUUGAAGUGCCGUAUGUGGGAAAUACCCUUAGCCUGGUGAAAGGUUAAAAACAGUUUAAGUAUGCCUUCGCUGCUAUUUACCUUUUUUUUCAUAUAAAUGAGAUUUUAAAUUAUACUAGCAUUGUCCCACUGUAUUUAAUAAAGUAAUACUAAGUAUAGCGUUAAAUUCAUACUUAUCACAGCUCACUACUCUACAUAUAGCGCACCGAUCGUAAACGUAUACUAUUUUACGAAAAAGCCAUCAUUUUAGACGGUACGUCGUUAAAUAGGCGUAGUAUAAAGUUAUAUUGUUUUAUAUGAUUGGAAUGCAUUUGUCUAUUUAUCCUCGUAAGGCCCAAGAUAUAGUUUAGUAAGCCUACUUAUUUUGUCCGUAGAAAAAGAAGCAAAGUUCAAAAUUUCUAUGGGAGAUGGAGUCAUCGUAACCCUAUAUUUUUAAAUAUUUUGUCAUCUUUUUUACUGACAGUGGGGUUUGUCAGACUAUAUUUCAGGCCGUUUCAUUAAUGCUCAGUGACCUAAAACAUAUAGGUAAUUUUAACAUUUUAGCUAUUUAAAUUGGAUACGAUUUAUAAUAAUAAAAUAGUUGUCCUAAAAAUAGGCCAGUGGGUCUUACGAGGCUAUUGUAAUAAAUAUUAAAUAAGAGACCUUUCGUGCUAAUUAUUUUUGCCUGGAAUGUUUAAACGUAUUUUCAACACUAUUGCGAACGAAAUACACUAACUAGUAUUUUUUAUUUUGCGUGAUGCGAAAAAAUAAUCCGAAAUAUACAUAUUGAUAUCAAUGACAACUCGUAUCUAUAAGUAAUAAUAAUCGUUUUGCACCAGUUUCACAUUUUGAACUUCUCUCACUUUUGAAAUUAUCAUGAUUUUUAUAAAUAAUGUAAUGCAGCGACAUCUCUAGCCAAUUUUUGUAACUACAUUAAUAAUAUGUAUCGGGUUGAGAGGCGGUACCUCAUUGUGGCGCACGUUACGCAAGCACGCAAGUCACGAAGGGUGGCCAAAUAGGGUUGUGAGUUAAGCCUCGAUCGAGUCUAAUUAAAAAUCGUGGCUUCAAGGCUUCUGUAAUGGUUUUACCCAGUCUAUAGAGGCUCAAUCUAUGGGCAGUCCCUAGAAAAAAAUAAACAUGCGUCUGUGUGCGUCCGUGUUACGCUGUGGGUUAUCGUUGAUGAACUUGUUUCACAUUUUAUAGGCCGAAAGGUCUCGUGUGCCGGGCGCGAUGCCUAUUCAUUUUAAAAUAUAGUAAAAUUUUGGAAAUACUGUGAUGCCAAAAUAUAAUGAAGAUUAUGUGUAAAGUUAAAUAGAGUUUUGUUAAUUUAUGAAUAGAGUUUAUCUUCAGUCUAUUUAUUGCUUUUAGUAAUAAAUAUAAUUGCGAAA